GUUACAUACAUGCUAUGAGACUCGGUAAGUUUCCCACAAAACGAGGAAUUAUUCUUGAUAUGUUGAGGGUGUCCAGCGCCAGAGGGGUGUGUUCUUGUGCAUACCUACUACAGCAUCCAGGGUACUUUCUCUCUAGGCUCACUGCAGGGCAGAAGGAAGCUUUAGUUCAUGCCCUAAUACGUGCAAACGCCAACGUCUCCAUUGAUUGAUAACCAGGGAGCAAAAGUAUGGGUCAACGAAUAAGGAACCCAAGCGAGUAAGUGACUCCACCAUUCGCCGAAAUCGGGGAGACCGCACGAUAAUCUAAUCUGAUCCGAUCACCUUUUUCCAAUCCUGUUUCCCCCUCUUCCUCGGCUUCCUUCUUUCCUUUCCUCUGCAUUUCAUAUCGAGUCUAUUUCGUUCAUUCAUACCCCCAAGAGAUUCUAUGCUCUGGCAGUUCGAACCCAGGGGGAAUUGCUUCCAGAUUGCACUUCUCACAGCUCACCAAUCCUUCGUCUCGCUUACUGGCUGCAAGGGCGCACUUCCGCUCUUCCGGCCGCCGCGAUCAAGUGACACCACCUGUUGAAUUCCUCUUGAAAGAAAGAGGCAAUCCUGAACAAAAUGGCAACUCCCGCACCCUCAAUAGCCCCUGCGCCCACUCCAGCUCCGUUGGCUCCCGCAAUUGCCGCCAAGCCAAACAUUUCACCAUCUCCCGGACCGGGUACACCCGGAUCCGUCACCUCCAAGGAAUGGGUUAUACCACCACGUCCCAAGCCUGGCCGGAAGCCUGCCACGGAUACGCCGCCUACUAAACGAAAGGCGCAGAAUCGUGCGGCCCAAAGAGCGUUCAGGGAACGUAGAGCCGCCCGCGUCAAUGAGCUCGAAGACCAAAUUAAGAAAAUCGAAGAGGAGCACGAUAUUCAUGUGGCAGCGUUCAAAGAACAAAUUUCAAACCUGUCUCAUGAAGUCGAACAGUGCCGAAAUGAAAUGACGUGGUGGCGCGACCGAUGCCACGCUCUGGAGAAGGAAGUCUCAGUAGAAAGAAGCGCGAAGGAAGCCCUUGUUAAAGAGUUCCGGUCGUCGCUCUCGGAUAAAAAUGUUCCUGCUGGUAGGGCACCCUUGACUCGCGUGUCCGCCAAAAAAUCUAGCUCUGGACGAGCUACGAAUGAAAGGUCUUCGCCGAGCAACGCAAACGGCGGUAUUACCCAUGAUGAGCGGGAGGAAGUGCCACUGGGCUGUCCUAGUUGUUCUUCGACACAUUGUCAGUGUAUUGAAGAUGCAUUUGCAAUGCCAGGCGUUGAGCCGUUGAAUUCCAAUCGUCUUAGCACCACUGGACAAGGGCGUGUCGAGCCUGAGAUAAAGCCCGACCCGGAGGAGAUGGAAAUCGACUUUACCACUCGGUUUGCUGCCCCUCAACCGCAGGAAGACACUACCACGGCUGUUUCAUCCCCUGCGGUUGAUCCGUGCGGCUUUUGUCAGGAUGGAACCCCAUGUAUUUGUGCGGAAAUGGCCGCCCAGGAAGAGCAGCGCCGACAAUCCUUCGAGAACAACCGUCUCGCACCCAUUCAAAACCUGUCUCAAUUCACGCCACCUCCCUCCGAUGGCGACGUUCGCUCUGAAGUCACUCUGCCGUCCAUUAGUCAGGCAACUAAUCCCUGUGCGAAUGGCCCUGGCACCUGUGCCCAAUGUCUUGCGGACCCAAAGAGUACCCUUUUUUGCAAGACGCUGGCGGCCUCUCGCUCCGCCAGCGUUGCCUCCUCCGGAUGUUGCGGCGGUAAAGGCGCCGAUGGUGGGUGUUGCCAGUCACGCAGUUCCAACCCCCCGCGUGCUGCCGCUGCCAAAUCGACAUCUGGUAGAUCUACGACGCCCUCACUAACACUCUCUUGCGCUGACGCGUUCACGACACUGUCACGACACCCGAAUUUCUCCCGUGCCAGCGAUGAAAUUUCUACGUGGCUUCCUAAGCUGCAUACAUUACCAAAUCCGAAGGAGGUUGCAUCGCCCGAUCGAUGCUCCUCGAGGGCGGCCCUCGAGGUCGAGGCAGCGAGUGUAAUGGGCGUCUUGCGCUACUUUGAUCGGAGGUUUGCCGACAAAUAAGCUAAAGACGUUCAUGAAUCCAUGCCAUAUAUUUCUUUUAAUUCUUUUUCGUUCUUUAUGAUACCCAAACUUGACUCGCGUCUGAGUUUGUAUUAUACACUAUCUUUUUUUUUUUUUUUUUU